ACAUUAAUAAUAUUACUGGAAAUUGUACAAAUUACAACUAUAAAAAAGCCAACUUUCUUACUUUAACGGAACGUAUCAGGGAUACAAGUUGGGAUAUGGUACUGAGCGAAAGACUAGAUGUGAACCGAGCCUUAGAUUAUUUUUAUAGAAUUUGGAAUAACAUUAUAGAGGAAUGUGUGCCAAGAUGUGCUCACUAUAAAAGAUCUAAGAUGUAUCCCAUUUGGUUUACAAACGACAUAAGAAGUAAUUUAAGAGAAAAAGAGAGGUAUAGAAAACUAAAAAAUAUUUCCGGUUAUUUUAAUGAUAAAUACAUAGAAGUGAGACGAGAGGUAACUAAGCUUAUAAAGAUUGAAAAAAAGAAAUAUAUUAAUAAAUUAGAGCAGGAAGUUACUUCUGAUAUAAACAAUUUUUGGAAUUAUAUAAAGAAUAAUAGGAAAAAUUCGAAUAGUGAUAAAUUUGUAUAUAACGGAGUAGAAGUAACAGAGGAAAAAACUGCAGAAUCAUUUGCAACAUUUUUCUCGUCAGUGUAUGCUGACAAAAAAGCCUCUUACAAUUUGCUUUUUGAUUCCGAUUUGGACGUAACAAAUAAUACAUUCGUAUUGAAUUCAGUUGGUGAGUUGGACUUUGCUGUUGCGCUGAAAAAGCUAAAACCCAAAAAGUCAGAGGGGGCUGACGGAAUACCACCUUAUAUAUUAAAGGCCUGUGGAGAGUGGUAUAUUUCCCACAGUCUGGAAAACAGGACUGGUAUGUCCAAUAUUUAA